CUUACUUGAGCUACCUUUAUGAGAAAGCCAAAUACAAUCCAAAGAAAAUUCAUGAGAUAUGAUGCAUCGGCUAGUAAAACUAUAAAAAUAUGAUUGCCUGAACAUUUAAUUGUUACGAUAGCUAUUAAUCUUUAUCAAAUUUUACUCGUGGCCUACGAAAUAUGUGUUAAAACUGUUUACUGAGCAACGAACGUAACCAUUACAUCCAUCGCUACGUUGGAUCAGCUCGAUGCGAAGAAACUCAACAUUUAGCGUGAUAUCACAAGAUUUAUAUUGCACUAGGUGACAUGCCUAGCGGCCGUGAUAUUGAAAGAGCUGAACGUAAUGGAAGAUUUCGAUCACGUAGAAGAGGAAGUACUAGCAGUGAUAUAAAUCGACACGGUUUUGAAGCAUCUGAUAAAAAACAUAGAAGACAUGGAAAAAACAAAAGUUCUGGAAAAAAGAAGAAGAAGAGAUCAAGAGAUAAAUCUAUAGAAAAUGUGCCAACUGUUGCUUCUUCUAUUGUUAAACCUUUGGUUGAAUAUUCAGAUGUGAGUAGUGAAGAUUUAUCUGAACCAGAAGCUGGUGAAAUUCAAUCAGAAGAUAGUAGAGGUAAUAGCUAUACAGAUGGAGAAGUACCUGAACCAGUUUUACAAAGACGUUAUUAUGGAGGAAGCCCAGUACGUGCUCUUGGAGCAUCUCCUAUUAGUCUUUCACCAUCUCCACCAGUUCAACAUAGGCAUUCUAACAGACAUUAUUCACCAAAUGAGCAACAACCUUCAACAAUGCAUGGUGGAACACCUGAAUAUGAAGAAGAGUCUAGACGAUAUGCAAGAAGAAAAGAAAAAAAGCAUAAACGAGAAAAGAAAAAAAAGAGAAGCAUCAGUCCUUCAUCUAGUUCUGGAAAAAAGAAAAAACGAAAGUCUAAAAGACAUUCUCGUAGUUUAAGUCCACAUCGUAUUACAGAUGAAAUUAUUAUAAGUCCAGAACAUGAAAAACCAGUUGGAAAUUGGUCAGAAUCACCACCUUUACCAUUAAAAGACAGUACUUCACCAAUAUCUCCUGCCACACCUCAAGAACAAAGAUGUUUAAGUGAUGUAGAACUUGAAAUAACAAGACAACCUCGAAAUGUAACUCCUCCACCACUUCCUCCAAGACCAACUGAAUCUCCUCAUACUCCUUUAUUACCUCCAAGAACAACAACACCAGAAAACAAUAAAGCAAGUUUGUCCACAAUGAAACAUACUCCUGAAAGACAGAAGCAUAGUCCUAGUAUUCAUACACGACGUAGUAGUAUUAGUCCAGGGCCCACUAUUAGCUCAAGUCGUAGGAGACCUCAUAGUCCAAGCCCACCAUCACGUCGAAGGGACCAUAGCCUAACGAGAAGAAGAGAUUUCAGUCCAAGUCCAAUGGUGCAUAGACUCAGGCACAGUCCUAGUCCUUCUACAAGACGGAGAGAAUUUAGUCCGAGUCCUGUAAGUCAUCGUCGUAGAGAUCCUGUUAGUUCUCCGUCUUCGAGUAAACGUAGACGACGAGAAGAAUCUGAACGACGACAUAGACAUCAUGAAAAAGAUAGAAGAGAUAAAAGAAAAUCGAGAUCAACUAGAAGUCCUACUGGAAGCAGAUUGCAUUUACCUCUUUCUCGUUCACGUUCGCGAAGUCCCGGACGAUGGCGAAAAGUACAAUCACGAUCUAGAUCACGUUCACGAAGAAGAAGUCGUACUCCGAAAAAAUCUCGUUCUCCUAGCAAAUCACAUAAAUCAGCAAGAAAACACAAAUCAAAGAGUCCACGUCCUUCGAGAAUACCUUCUCCUUCUCCUCAUAGAUCCAGAGCAAGAAGUCCUUCAAGUAUUACAGCAAGAAAUCUUAGAGUACAAGCAAAGAUUAGUGAAACUAGUUUGUUUGCUGAACUUGUAAAAGAUAGAAAUAUGAGAGAAUUAGCAUAUAAAAAAUUACAAGCAGCUAAGGAAAAGGCUGUUACUCAAGAUGAAGUUCAAAUUAUAGAAGGCACUGACGAGAAAGAUGCUAGUAAUGCAUCUUCCGAAAAUAAACCUUCCACUGACAAUAAAGACAAAUAUAUAAAUCAUAAAGAACAAUUAAAGACAACAAGUGAAAAUAUGAAACCUGUUGAUCUUGUAGAUAUUCCUGUUCCAAUGUCGGAUGAUAAUGGAAUAGCAGGAAAAACUCCACCAUUACCAAUUACACAAACCGUUAAUGCACCAAGUGUAAUACAUGGAACUAAUCAGCAUCCUCCAAUGAUUGUAUAUACUUCGCCUACAACUACAAAUGUUUGUCCAGUGACUGUUACGAGCAGUCCAAGUUUUCCAGCUGUUACAAAUUUACAAGCACCACCAUUACCACAAUCUGAGUCUGCAAAUGCAGCAGGUUUAGUAUCUAUGCCAGUGCCUAUUCCUGUACCAGUACCUGUUCUGCCUAAUUUAUCUGUUCCACCACCACCUAUACCUAUACCAGUUCCAGCACCAAAUACAGCUAUGUCUAAAUUUAAUCCUCCUAACAAUUUAGUUCCUCUUAAAUCAGUAGAUCCUCCUAAACCUCCUAUUGUGGCAUUUAAAACUAAAAGUUUAUCACGAUUACCAUUACCACCUGGAAUUAAUCAAAAUGAUUUAGAAAGUAUAGACUCACCACCAAGUCGAUCUCCAAGUCCUCCUAGUAAGGCACAAAUGAAAUUCCCAGCUUCAACUCCAAAACCACCACAGAAGAAAAGUAUUAAAGAUUUACCUAUGCCACCAGUUGUUCCUGGAUCGGAAGAUUUAAGUGGAGAAGAUGAUCCAAAUGCAACACCACCUCGUACGAAAGUUGAACAUGUUCCACCAAAACCAAAAUUAAAAAGACCAAAAAUUUUAAAGCGUAGAGGUUCUAGAAAUUGUCAUACUCCUAUGUCAACUUCGAGCGGUAAAGAUUGGGGAGAACGUUCUGUUGAUGUAUUUGAAUUCAUAACUCAAAUAGGAGAGGGUACUUAUGGACAAGUUUAUAAAGCUCGAGACAAACGAGCUGGUGUACUUGUUGCAUUGAAGAAAGUUCGUCUAGAAAACGAAAAAGAGGGAUUCCCUGUUACAGCAGUACGAGAAAUUAAAAUCUUACGUCAACUUAAUCAUAAAAAUAUUGUGAACUUGAGAGAAAUAGUUACGGAUAAACAAGAUGUAUUGGAUUUCAGAAAGGACAAAGGCUCAUUCUAUCUUGUAUUUGAAUACAUGGAUCACGAUUUAAUGGGUCUUUUAGAAUCUGGAAUGGUCGAUUUUAAUGAAAUGAACAAUGCAAGCAUUAUGAAACAGUUAUUAGAUGGAUUAAAUUACUGCCACAGUAAAAACUUUUUACACAGAGACAUCAAAUGUUCUAAUAUACUGAUGAAUAACAAAGGGGAAGUUAAAUUAGCCGACUUUGGACUUGCGAGGCUUUAUAAUGCUGAAGAUAGACAGCGACCUUAUACAAAUAAAGUGAUUACUUUAUGGUAUAGACCACCUGAAUUAUUGUUGGGUGAAGAACGUUAUGGUCCUGCAAUAGAUGUAUGGAGUUGUGGUUGUAUUCUAGGAGAAUUAUUUUCUAAAAAACCGUUAUUUCAUGCAAAUGUAGAAAUGAUGCAAUUGGAGAUGAUUUCCAGAGUUUGUGGAACUCCAACUCCUGCUGUUUGGCCUUCUGUGAUAAAACUGCCAUUGUGGCGUACCUUGAAACCAAAAAAAUCACAUAGAAGACGUUUACGAGAAGAUUUUUCAUUUAUGCCAGCACCAGCUUUGGAUCUUUUAGAUAAAAUGUUGGAAUUAGAUCCAGAAAAACGAAUAACUGCUGCUGAUGCGCUUAAAAGUGCUUGGCUGAAAAAUGUUCAACCCGAGCAAAUGCCUGCGCCUCAACUUCCAACUUGGCAAGACUGUCAUGAGCUUUGGAGUAAGAAACGAAGACAUCAGUUACGAGAUCAGCAAGAAAGCUCCGCUGGAAAGAUGCCUCUUCUUCCGCUUCCAAAUAAAGGAGGUCCCCAUAAGGCUAUUGAAGAUCUAUCUGAUGUCGGGGGUUCACAGUCGUUCAAACGACGAUGGCUAUAGUGCAGAACAAUGGAAUAUAGACACACGAAAAUGUACAACAACGUUCUUUUCAUGGGUUUACUACAGAGAUUACUUUUUAAUACUUCAUUUUUCAAAUACAUGAAAACAUUUUGAAUGUAUGUAUUUGGAAGAAAUACAAAAUUUAUAGCGAUAUGAUUAUAAUAAUGAUUAUAAUAAUAUGUUUCAAUAAGUAGAAAAAAUAUUAUCAUAAUAUUACAUUAUCUUAGUUCUUUUGAAGUGAUAUCAAAUAUUAUUUGAUUUAAAGAAUAUUAGCAUUUAUGUAAAAAGAAAAUAUUCUGACUUGUAAUGUGUUUGUGAUUCAAUUUAAUUGAAUGUUCUUGAAAACUAUGUGAGCUUUAAAAUUGAGAUAUUUUCUAUAUCUGAUAAUAUUACGACUAAUAAGUAGAUACAUAUUACAUAUAUGUACAUAUUUACUGAUCAAUGUGAACAUACAUAUGCAUACAUUAUGAUAUGUUUGUGAAAAGGAAAAUGCAUAUAUGUACAAUUUUCUAUUGCAGUUAAACAUAUGCAUUUACAUAAUUCAAUGUAUAUGCAUAUAAUUAUUAAUAUCUUAUUAAUAUGAUUGUAUCAGUGAUAUAAAACAUUCAUUUUCAAAUAAUGUUUAAAAAAAAAAAGAAAAAUAUAAUAGGUAUAUGAUUGUAAAUAAAAAAAUCGGGAUUUAAUGAAAUUUCGUAUGUUAAUUUUCAUAUUAAACUAUUGAAUUAAAACAUCUAUAAACGCAUGGAACGAUAUAUAAAAUGAAUGAGCACAGGAUAUGAGCGCAAAUAAAUGAUCUUUAUAAUAUUUAUAAAGUCUUGGAGUGUAAAUAGGUCUAAUGGAAUGUAAAUGGAUACUAAGAAGAAGAUGUUGGAAGAUUGAAGACAAUGGAAUACAAGGAGCCAAGAUUAAAAUGUGAAUGUAUUACAUGAAAUAUUAACAUCACAGCCUUCGUCAUCGACAUUUCAUUUUAUUUAUGUUAAUUCAAUUUAUUUGAACAUUCACAUCUAUAGAUUAGGCAUAUUUUAAUUGAUCAUAUUUUCUUAAUUGUGUUAGAAUUAUUCUGUAUUGUAGAUAGUUAUCAUAAGUUUCAAUAUACGAAUGGCAAUUUUUAAUAUUUGUUAACUAUUUUCAUGUUUUUGCAUGUAUUUUGUAUUAAUGCCAUUCUUAUAAUGAAAUUCAGAGUUUAGAACAAUCUGAUGUAUUAUCGUCACAAUGUAAAAUAUUAUUGAUUUACUGUAAUAUAAAAUAUUUACUAUAUGUCCAUAGGCAUUUGCCUAAUAUUUUCAUGGACAAUGAAUUUCUAAUGUUAUUAAAAUAUUUUAUCAUUUAAUUUGUUUAGUCCCUUUCAAUGUUUCUAUAUCUUUAUUUAUAAAUUAAGUAACCAUAAUCCUUUAUAAAAGUUAUAUCUGACAGUAAACACUGGGACCUUGGGAAUGAAUGAUAAUAUCAGUAUACAUUAUUAUGUACUUUUUCAAUGAUAUGCAUAGUACAUGUUAUUUUUCUACUUAUUCCACAAUAAGUUCGCAUAGAUAUUUAAUACAUUUGUUAGUUUAAUGUUUUUAUUUUAAUUAUAUCUUAAUUAUUCAUAUAAAGAUAAAAUAAAAUAAAGAAUUUCACU